AUGGAGACUAAAGAUAAACGGACAGCAAUGCUUGAAGCUGCCUUUCAUGGCAAGCAAGAUGUUUUGGAAUAUUUACUGGAUAACAAGGCAACCAUUACAAAAGAUUAUGAAUUCAUGAACUGCUUUGAUUGGGCUAUUGAAAAUGGUGAUCAAGAGAGCGCUAAGAUGAUGAUGCGUCAUAGUAGAUGGAGAGAGUUAGUUGUCUAUAAAUUGCAAUACUUUGUCGACGACAUGAACUAUUUGGAGUGUGUUCUCUACAUAUCCACGUUAAUAUUUGCUGUACCACAUAACGGGAGCAUCUCUGUAAAGGCAAUUUAUCAAUGGAAAGCCUGUUCCAUGGCAUUGCUGUCUGCAUGGUUUUAUCUGGUUAUGUAUUUCACACAAUUUUCAUAUUUUGGUGUGUUGAUUUAUACAAUAAGAAGAAUGGCAGUCACAUUAUGCAAGGUAAUGAUCUUACUGGUGUUCUUCUUAGUGGCGUUUGCAACAGCCUUUGCGGUGAUCAUGAAUGAUAGAGAAAGAUUCAAAAACUUUGGGCACGCUAUUUUAACAGCUAUUGUCAUGAUGAUGGGUGAAUUUGAUUUCAAGGAAAAUUUUGUGGAGAAUGAUAUUUCAGAGUUCAAUACAUUCAAAACGCUGCGACUGGUUAUAUUUGUUGUUUUUCUUCUGUUUGUCUCAAUCAUCAUUAUGAAUCUGUUGGUUGCUCUUGCAGUACAAGACACAAGUGACGAGUUCAAGAAAAAAAAUAAACAAAUCAAACUCUUUUAUACUGCAAAAAUGAUAAUCAAUUUAGAAAGGAAGAUGCACAAGUUUAGAAAGUUUUCUUGUAGGAAUGGCAACAGCUUUUUAAAACCAGCUGUGGAUAGGCCGAAACAUCAUGAUAAAAGUUUUGGUAACAUAAUUUGGAAGUAUAUUUAUGGGUUUGACUUCAUUUCAACAGUUUUGGAAACACAUGAGAACAACGACGUAUUGGAAAUGAAACUUACAAUGGUGAAACAGGAACUUAAAAGGAUGAAUGAGGAAGUUAAAGUAAAGAAUGAACUGAUAACGAAAAUGAAGAACGACAAAGACCUAAGUAAAAUGAUAAGAGAUGAAUUUGAAAUGAUGAAAAAUGAAUUGAUAAAGACAAUGCUGGACAUUGAGAAGGAAAGAUCUCGGGAAAGUCAAGGCCGUUCUUAGAGGUUCAUUUAGAGAAGGGUGUUUGCUCAUAUAUUCAAAUGUUACUGGAUGAUUUCUAUGGGAAAUGAAAUUCUUUUCAAAAUUAUAUAGAUCACACGCAAUGAAUAAAGUAUUCAAAGUCACCUGUAACUGAGUUAAAGAUGAUAUGAGAGCAACAGUAGCUUAGUCAACUUGCAACUUUGUUCGCAGUUUGUAAAUUUUGUAUCACUAGCAUUGAAAAUUUCGUUAGAAAUUUAUUUCUUCUACAUUAAGUGAGGACCAUAAUUGUUACAUAGCAUGAGCAUACCUACACUUGUUAUGUGGGUGUAGGCAUUAUACAAUGAACCUUUUUGUUGAAAUUGGUAACAUAUAAUUAUAACAUAUAAUUAUUAUAACAUAUAAUGUAAUAAUAAUAACAUAUAACAUAUAAUUAUAACACAAUAUAACACUAUAACACAAAUAGAGAUUUAAAAGGUUGUAUAACACAAUUUUUUUAACAUGCCUUCAACACGCUGUAUCGUGCAAGAUUGCAGUAAUAAAUCUUUGGUAACAUAUAAUUAUUAUAUAUGUGAGAGUUUGUCAACACAUCGUAAAAUUUGAUGGAAAUAAACUUAAAUAUGUGUUUACAUGCUCAUAGAAA